AUGGACACCCGGCCCGCUUCCGAGUACGCACAGCCAGAUCAAACUUCGGCUGCUGCCAGUGCUCACUACACCCCGCAGCCCGAGGUCCGCCCAGCCUACACGCCACAACCUGAAGUGCGACCUAACAUUUCGUCGUCCAACACCCCUCAGUCGGACUACGGUCUGAACCCUCCACCCACCGCCCGCUCCCCGGCCUACCACCAGGACUACCUCCACCGCCCACCCCAAUCCUACGCUCCCAACUCUCAACCCGGUGGCGCGGCAGGUAUGGCUCAAGCAACAAGUCCGUUCAACCUGCCUACGGGCCCGCGCAGUCCGAUCCAUAAAUCUGACGCGCCCGUUCCUAUAGAUCCUUCUCUUCCGGCCAACAGCCCCACCUAUCCUCCUCCCUAUUCUCCCUACCAACCUCAGGGGCACGAGAUGGCUCAGUACCAGGGCCACGCGCCGCCGCCGCACCAGAUGUACGCGCGCCCGGACUGGCCGCACAGCUACGGACAGCAACAUCACGGAUUGCCCGGUCCGUAUGCUUCACCCGCUACAACGGUUGGUUCUACAUCCCCUGUUGCCGCCACUGCAGGGCCGCGCCCUGGACAGGUCUACUCUUUCGUCCCAAUUCCGGGUGCGCAGCAGCACAAGCGUCCUCGUCGUCGCUACGAGGAAAUCGAGCGCAUGUACAAGUGCGGAUGGCAGGGCUGUGAGAAGGCUUAUGGCACUCUGAACCACUUGAAUGCACACGUGACGAUGCAGUCCCACGGCGCGAAGCGCACUCCUGAAGAAUUCAAGGAGAUCCGCAAGGAAUGGAAGGCUCGCAAGAAGGAAGAGGAGGCUCAGCGCAAGGCCGUUGAGGAGCGUGAGCGCGCCGCCGCCCAAGCUGCCCAGGCCAACCAGGUCGAGGCCCCGAACCCUUCGGAUCCUUCCCAUGGCCAGCCACCUGCCUAUGGCAGUGGUGUUCGUCCUCAACUCCCUCCUAUCGGCUACCAGCCUGCGGACAGUCAGGUCCCAGGCCAGUACGGCGCUCCCCCUGGUGGGGGCAUGGUCUACCAGAACGGACAGAUGGGCUACCCUCCCAACUACCCUCACUCUCCCUACCAGAGCGGACCAGUGUACCCGCAACGUGAGUAA